UUAAUUCUUUAUUGAUGGUUGUUUCAGACGCCUUUGGUACUUCGAUAUAGCGGUUUCAACUUCAUCUUGGUUGUGUAAGGUACAUGACCCAUUGACCAUAUAUCCACCAAAGCAUGGGUGAUGUUGACAUAGUUUGUCUUUACUUUAGAUCAUUUUCUCUUCUACACAUACUCGAACAACUCGUUGAUCUUUAUCAACAAAUUGCCUAUUGCAGGGAAAGAUUAUCUUGUUGAUACAGGUUAUGUUAAUAUGGAUGGAUUUAUUGCUCCAUUUCCCGGAAUUCGGUAUCAUCUUCCUGAAUAUCGGGGUGCUAAUCUAUUACCUAGAAACACAAAUGAGUUAUUUAACCAACGACAUGCAUCACUUAGAAAUGCCAUUCAGAAAUCUUUUGAUGCGCUGAAAACAAGAUUUCCAAUCCUCAAACUUGCUCCUCAAUAUGCUUUUCACACACAGAGAUACAAGAACAGAGUGCCUCUACGUUUAGAGAUUCCAUUACAGCAGCAACGUGGAAUGACUUUAUCAAUAAACGCGAAGAGUGGUGAAUCAUGCUUCUUGGAGAAAAGUUAUACCCCAUAUUCACAAUCUACUUUUAUUUUUUUUGUUCUGUAAUUUAUGACGGGGUGUCUGGGCCAGCUUGCGGCGCACCUGGACUAAUUGCACUAGGUACGUGUUGCGUCCCACCAGCACAGGUAAUCGGGGAUAAUCUAAUUUAGAACCUUAUAUGUAAGAUACUAGCUGCUGAAUGUUUGGACCCGACUAGAUUCUUGGAUAUAAUAUCAGCGGGAAAAGGUAGGUUUGGUGCAUGCCAAAGGGAGAAGCAUUCAUCUUUUGCUUUGUAAUAGUAAGUUGUAAUAGCAAGAUAGCAUUGAUCAUCCAACUUGAGAAUCAUCCUCUUUUCCUCUUUUGUGCUAGAAUUAUGAGAUAUCAUUUGUUCCUGCCAUCAAUUAUGUAUUGAUGAUAGUAUCUUUUAUCAUUGUCAACCUGGAUAAUAGCAAACAAGUUUUUACUUUUAAAAAGUGUUGUUUAUUGGUGCUAUUGGUUUGAAUCAUGGCCUUUCUUGUUUCUGGCCCUUUUUGCAGUUUAUGUGCAAACUUCCAACACAUUUUAGCUAACCUUUAAGCUAUGUUACUUGGACUUUCCAAAAAUGAUGCCGCACCUGUAUCGGAUCCGGCAAAAGAUGCACUAAUUUUGGAGGAUCCGACACACAUUUGAUGGCUUUUUUGAAGAGUUUGAGCAACAUCGUUUUUAAGGCAUACAUGUUUUGAGUGGCUUCUAAG